UUGGCUGCUGUUUGGCUGUUAUUAAAACUAAUGCGCAUCCAUUUAUUUUCCUUUUACCUUCUCUUUCGUUUUCUUUCCCCCAACUCCUCCACUUGAGCAAUCAUUUUUGUAAUACCUACACUUUCCGUCUAGUCUCCAUUGUAUGACUUUCCAUACCCAGUUUUUUUUUUGUUUUUGGAAAGUGGAAUUUGCAUUAGAAUUUUGUCACUUUUAGCUGAAUCCUGUAAGCUGCUUUCCGUUUUCAUUCAAAAUCCCCUUUCUUAACAAGAAAAACCCUAUCUUUCAGACGCUCAAAGAGAAAAAGAGAACAAAAAAAAAAAGGAAAGAAAUAAUGGCUUCAGUGAAUCUGGGUUCUUUGGUUCAAUCAUACUCCAUUUUCAACCAAGCUUCCAGAACCAAUUCCAAGUCUUUUCCUUUACCCAGAUCCUUUCCCUUCAAUCCCCUCAAGAAUAUCUCAUCUUCAACUCCCAAAAGACAUAGCUUUACAUCUCUUCCUUCGAUAUCCUCAGUCCUUACCAAAGAAGACGCGGUCAUGGAAGAAGACCAAGACCCUCAAUUACCAAGUUUUGAUUUCAAAUCAUUCAUGGUACAGAAGGGUAAUGCAGUUGACCAGGCCCUGGACUCGGCUGUUCCACUCCGUGACCCUGUUAAAAUCCAUGAAGCAAUGCGUUACUCCCUUUUAGCCGGUGGCAAAAGGGUCCGCCCGGUUCUUUGUUUGGCUUCCUGUGACCUUGUUGGUGGCAAAGAAUCCAUGGCUAUGCCAGCAGCUUGUGCUCUUGAAAUGAUCCACACCAUGUCUUUAGUCCACGAUGAUCUUCCUUGCAUGGACAACGAUGAUCUUCGUAGAGGGAAACCAACUAACCACAAAGUUUAUGGUGAAGAUAUAGCUGUGUUAGCAGGGGAUGCUCUUUUAGCCUUUUCGUUUGAACAUAUAGCUGUAUCCACAGUUGGUGUCACACCUGAGAGGAUUGUAAGAGCAAUUGGGGAAUUAGCUAAAUCUAUUGGGACUGAAGGGUUGGCGGCUGGUCAAGUUGUGGAUAUAAGCAGUGAGGGUCUAACCGAUGUGGGGUUGGAUCAUUUAGAAUUCAUUCAUGUUCAUAAAACUGCUGCUUUGCUUGAAGCAGCUGCGGUUUUAGGGGCUAUUCUUGGUGGUGGACGUGAUGAAGAUGUGGAAAAGUUGAGGAAAUUUGCAAGGAAUAUUGGGCUUUUAUUUCAAGUUGUGGAUGAUGUUCUUGAUGUAACAAAGUCAUCUAAAGAAUUAGGGAAGACUGCAGGGAAAGAUUUGGUGGCUGAUAAAGUGACUUAUCCUAAAUUGAUGGGGAUAAACAAAUCAAAGGAGUUUGCAGAGAAGUUGAAGAGUGAUGCAUUAGAGUUGCUUCAAGGGUUUGAUCCUGAGAAAUCUGCCCCCUUAAUUGCUUUAGCUAAUUAUAUAGCUUACAGGCAAAAUUAGCUUCCUCUAGUGUUUGAUAAACAGGGCUUCGAGAAAGAAGCACGUUAGUAGUAAUAAUGUUGUGAAUAGUCUACUGCAAUGUUUAUGUUCUAAAGCUCUCAUCAAUGGUGGAUGUAAUUGUUAAAUUCAGUUCUUCCUCAAUUUGUUGGUCUUAUAUAUGAGUUCUUACUCUGAAUCUGGAACUUUUUAUCAAUAAAUACAAUGAUAAAUUUGGUGA